AUGUGGAAUCUGGCUCCUGCGGAGAUUAAAAGCAAGCUACAGGGUAUGAGAUCUCAUUCGGAGAAACUCGAAAGUAAAUAUGCAUCGUCCCCCUUCCCUGUCUCGUAUUCUGUUUCCAACGGUGCUCAUCCUAUAGAAGUGUGCAAUCUCCUCUCAUUAGGGCAACCUAUAAUGAAGAUCGAGGGGCUUGAUGGCCGGCUAAUCGACUCUAAAGGAGAAUACACGGCUGCCGCAUAUUUCCAGGAUCAUCCUUCCCUCGUUCGAGCCGGUGCUAUUGGACGAGUCAAGAUGACUGGGCCAAGAACUGCCGCGCAGGGAGCGUACGCUGAGAAGGUAGCUGAAUAUUUGGUACAGAUGGUGGAAGAUAUGGGGCUCCGAACGCGGUUAGAUAUUGAGUAG